CGUCUCUUCAACAACUGACUUUCUUGAUCACUUUAUUUUUGGGCCUCUUCCUGGACAUUCUUCUGUCUCACCUCGCCGCGAUGCUCCUACCGGCCCAGCCUUCGAUCUUGUCAGUUGCCCACGGCAUCAGUCGCAAACGAUCCCAUUCAGACGCGCUGGGACGCGAAGACACGGGCACCCAUUACGACCGUGGGACACUUCAUUCGACCGAACAAAUUCGGAAUGAUAUAUGCGGAAUUCUCGAUAUUAGAGCCAAGAAGAACAAGCCUGAGAGGAUACUCGAUGAUGUGAUUGCAGAUGACAACACCAUCCACGGCGAUAUCGCAACAAAUCCCACGACAGCCGACAGCACCAGAGACAGCAGUAUAACAGACAAUGAUCCCGUCGAUGAAGGCCUCAUAGAUGAUGGUAUUGGAGACGAUGAGAGCAUAUGUUCCUUGGAGACGAUCCGAUCCGGAGACAUCAAACUCGAGACCCUAUGGAAACGGAAAUAUCCGAUCAAUGAAUGGCAGCCACAUGAUGACCAGAGGGUUUUGGUUUGGGACCUAUGUCACGACAUUUAUUCAAGAUUAUUUAAGAUUUGCAAAACAUCGAUUCCUUCUACCUAUCGGCGCGUGCUUGAUAUUGGAACAGCAAGUGGUCGUUGGGCUCUAGAUUUUGCAGACGAGCAUCCUGGGGUUGAAGUUACGAGUAUUGAUCUGACGCCCUUAGCGCCUAAUUACGUCCCGCCUAAUCUGUGUUUUCAAGUUGUGAAGAGCCUCGAUCUUCAAACCUUUAAAAAGUCUUCACAAGAUUUUGUACAUCUCCGCGAACUCAAAGGGAGGAUCAACAACUGGGUCGAAUUUGCAAGAGAGAUCUUUGAUGUCUUGAAACCUGGAGGCGUUGCAGAGUUCCAUGAACGGACCAUUGAGUUCAAAGCAAAGGCGGAGCUUCCGGAGGAUAGUUUUAUGAAGGAAUGGGGAGACCUGUUUCGAAAGGCAGGUGCAGAGCGAGGGGCGCGAUUCGACGUUAUCGAAUCUGGAAUACUGCUUAGUUCGCUACGAGCUGCUGGUUUCAGUGACAUCAAGGAAUAUACCUACGAUGUACCGAUUGAACAUUGGCAGAAGCAGGGGGAGAUAGGACGGCUAGCUUGGUUGGAAUGUGUUUGUGACAUCGAAGGGUCCAUCUUUCGUCCAGCCGUUAAGAACUCGGGCUGGAGAGAGGAUAGAUGUCACAUGUUCGCUGCAGGUUUGCGCGAUGAGUUGAAGAAGACAACUGUCAAGCCUUACACGACACGCGUCGCCGUCGUUUGCAAGAAGCCAUAGACUUAAUGCCUUGAUUGAAUCACU